AUGAUGAAGACCAACCCUCCCCACAAUGAGCAGGUGCUCUGUCUGUCCGUGGCUGACAUUAAGAAAACUCUAUGCAGAGUCAACCCAUGGAAGUCUGCUGGACCAGACAAAAUUCCUGGCAAAGUUCAGGGAAUGUGCAGAACAACUAGCAUCUUCAACAUUUUUCUGAGCAGUGCUGUUGUUUCUACGUGCCUCAAGACAAUGACCGUUGUCCCCAUGUGGAUACUGACCCAUCAGCAAGUAAAUGUGGCCUUACGAGGAAUAGCAGCACAAUCUUCUACAUUUUAUUAUCCUGCAAACUUGGCUAUCGAUGGCAACACAGCAUCUAACUUGGGUUCUGGCUCAUGUACACACACAAAUGGAGACUAUGGCGCAUGGUGGCGGGUGGAUUUGCUGGCAUUGUUUGAUAUUAGCACUGUAAUCAUUACUAACAGAGGCGACGCCUGUCCAGAGCGAAUAAAUGGUGCGGAGAUUCACAUUGGCAAAUCUCUAGUCAACAAUGGCAACAAUAACCCCAGAUGUGUUGUUAUUUCUAGCAUCCCUGCUGGUGUGUCUGCAAAUUACACCUGCAAUAUGAUGGGUCGUUAUGUGAACAUCAUCAUUCCCAAUAUUAAUCAGUAUCUUACUCUUUGUGAGGUGCAAGUCUUUGGAGUUCCAGUGCCCAUUAUUAAGAGGGUAUUUCUGAGCUUAAAGAUUAAGAGCAAUGAGGAUGUCAACAACCCCACCAUUAGGGACAAGGUUCUUCAAAAGAUUCAAUCAGUCUGUCCGCAGCGCCUGGUGUUUCAGAUUCGCUGGACAAUGGAACCAGAACUGGAAACUAAAAAUUUAUAGUGCUCCAUCUGCCUCCAGCCCAUACUCCUGAGCACAGUGAGCACCAGUCCUUCCAUUGCCUCUACAAAAUGCCUCUCUUCUC